AGCAUGUUAUGCAUUACCUGCCAUCUGUAGAGUUUCUGUCAGCCGUCAGAUGAUUUCUUUCUCGUCGCAGGUGCAGCAGGGUGUAUAAUGAAAUCUCUUAUAUGGAUCCUGUGCACUCUUGGCCUGCUUCUCUGUACUGAUGCAGACAGUGGUACAAAACCUAAUUUUGUCUUUAUGAUGGUGGACGAUUUGGGAAUUGGAGACCUUGGAUGCUAUGGAAACACAACCCUCAGGACGCCUAACAUUGACAGACUGGCCCUGGAAGGGGUGAAACUGACCCAACACAUAGCUGCUGCGCCGCUCUGCACUCCCAGCAGGGCAGCCUUCCUCACAGGCAGAUACCCUAUCCGAUCAGGUAUGGCAGCAAAAGGCCGAAUGGGAGUUUUUCUCUUUACUGCAUCGUCAGGAGGUCUUCCACAAGAGGAAAUCACCUUUGCCAAGGCUGUCAAAGGGCAAGGCUAUUCCACUGCUGUAAUUGGGAAAUGGCACCUGGGUCUCAACUGUGAAGACAGUGCCGACCACUGCCACCAUCCUAACUCUCAUGGCUUUGACUACUUCUACGGCACCAUUAUGACGCAUCUUCGGGACUGCCAGCCUGGACAUGGCUCUGUCUUACAUCACGUACAAGGUCACAUCCCAUACAAGGCCCUUGGUAUUGGUCUGGUUUCCCUGGUGUUACUCCAUAUUAGAGGGACAAUAACUGUGACCAGGAAAGUAGUUUUUGUGUUUCUGGUUCUGGUAGGGGUGUUUGUGAGUCUCUUUGGUGUGUUGUUGUAUACAUUCCCCAAUCUAAAUUGCUUUGUCAUGCGAGGGGCGGAGAUUGUUGAGCAACCAUAUACAUCAGAGAACCUCACUCAAAGGAUGACCAGUGAAGCCAUAGAGUAUCUGGAAAGGAAUUCACAGAGUCCUUUCUUGCUCUUCUUCUCAUUCAUUCAAGUCCACACUGGACUUUUUGCCUCUCCUCUCUUCAGGGGGAAGAGCCAGCAUGGCCUCUAUGGUGACGCUGUCAUGGAGAUAGACUGGAGUGUAGGUCAAAUCAUGCAGACUCUGGAGCGCUUAAACUUGAAGCAAAACACUCUGGUGUACAUGACUUCAGAUCAGGGGCCUCACCUGGAAGAGAUUUCUAUUCACGGAGAGAUGCACGGGGGUUAUAGCAGCAUAUACAAAGCUGGUAAGUCUACCAAUUGGGAAGGUGGGAUUCGGAUACCGGGGAUUCUUCGUUGGCCAGGUGUCUUGCCUGCUGGGAAGGUCAUUGAUGAGCCCACUAGCAACAUGGAUAUUUUCCCCACGGUGCUGAAUUUAGCUGGUGCUUCCAUACCUAGUGACAGAGUCAUUGAUGGCCAUGAUCUCUUGCCUCUGCUGCAAGGGCAAGUGGAGCGUUCUGAACAUGAAUUUAUGUUUCAUUACUGCAAUGCCGAACUGAAUGCUGUCCGAUGGCACCCUCCUAACAGUAGUGAAAUCUGGAAGGCCUUUUUCUUUACACCUGACUUCUACCCACAGAACAGCUCUGCGUGCUUCCACACUCAUAUCUGCUUCUGCAUCAAGCCUUUUAUCACAUUCCAUGACCCUCCACUGCUUUAUGACCUGUCGAGAGACCCAUCAGAAAGCACCCCCCUGAGUCCAGACACGGAGCCCCAGUUCUACUCAGUUCUAAAGGUCAUAAGGGCAGCAGUAAGCCGUCAUACACAGAGUCUAAAGCCCGUCCCAAUACAGCUUUCCCCUCUGCAAAUAGUAUGGAAACCCUGGCUCCAGCCCUGCUGCUCUUCUCUCAGUCAGCUUUGCAGAUGUGAACGAGAUCAUCAGAUAGAGAAGCUACGACAUUAGCUUUAAGAAAAAUAGUCCGAUACACAAAAUCAUGUGGCUUUAAUGCAUAAGGAGGGCAUGUAAUACUUAAAGUGAUAGCUCACUCAAAAAGGAAAAUUGCCAUCAUUUACUCACCUUUAUGUUGUUCCAAACCCAUGUGACUUUGGGUUUGACACAAAAAAGAAAUUGGUUCACUAUUGACAAUAGUGACGAAAUUAAAAUGUCACUGAAAUUUGGCUAAUGUAAUCACACCUUAAUAGGUUAAAUGUGGUGACCAAAAUCAGGUCAAAAUGAAAUUAGUUUUUUGGAGUUCAAAACCUUUUUGCCAAAGAGAACACUACAGAAGAGUUUGCUCUGGCUGGUAAACACCUUCAAACUACCAUUGGUCUGAGGUGAUUUCGUAAUAGGUAGCCUAGUCGUGUGCGGAUGUUCCGCCUUCUUUGACAUGGAAAUCUUCUCUGGUUCAUUUCCUCUGUUCUGUCCGUCAAGGUCAGAUAGGAACACAACACUUUGAAAAGCUGUUUUAUAGUAUAAAUUGAAGUUCUACUACUAGUUAAAAGCACUGACACUGUUUUUGUAAUACUGUUAAGCUGCUUGCUUUAAAGCAGUCUAUUGUAUAAACUACAAAUAAACGUGACAUGAAGUAACUUGA